UUGGCUGGAGAACACCUCUCAUGUCCUAUAAACAGGGAGAUUAUGGUUUAAUGGUGUGGAAUACACUUGCCGAGGCAAAGCUACUUCGAUGAUAAACUGGACGCACUUGGAGAUGCUGAAACCCGGCGAUCCCAGCGCCUCUGCUUUCCUGAAGGUGGACCCAGCCUAUAUCCAGCACUGGCAGCAGCUUUUUCCUCAAAGUCAGCUGAAGAGCGCCAGCCUGAACCCGCUGCACCCGGCGGACAGAGCGGAUCUCCCGGUGGAAAGUCUUCGUCAGCGUCCCACUUCCAUCUCGUCGAACUCCUCCUCGUCUGCUUCUACCCCGUCCUCGUCUUCCUCGUCAGCCUCCUCCAAUUCCUCCUCCUCUUCAUCGUUAGCUGGGUUAGCUCAACUGAAUGUGCCCCAGAUUGCACUUUUUGGACACGCGCAGUGCACCGACAUCAUCACCACAGCAGCACUCGGCAACCAAAGCAAAGAGCUUUGUUCAUCAUCCCAGUACAAAAAUGACAGAGCGCCAAGGUUUAAGUUUACAUCGGAGGAGUUAGAUUAUUACCUUUAUGGGCAGCAGAGAAUGGAGAUAAUCCCACUGAACAAUCACACCAGCGAUCCCAAUAAUCGUUGUGACAUGUGCGCGGAUAACCGCAAUGGAGAAUGUCCAAUGCACGGCCCCCUGCACUCGCUUCGGCGUCUGGUGGGAACCAGCAGCUCAGCGGCGUCCGUCGCGCCCCCCGAGAUCCCGGAGUGGUUAAGGGACCUACCAAGGGAGGUGUGCCUGUGCACGAGUACAGUACCCGGACUCGGCUAUGGCAUAUGCGCAGCCCAGAGGAUACCCCAAGGCACCUGGAUCGGACCGUUCCAAGGAGCCCCGUUGCUGCUGGACAAGACGAUUUCUGGGACAGCAAGGAAUACGCGACACCUUUGGGAGAUUUAUGACCAGGAAGGGACAUUACAGCACUUUAUAGAUGGAAGUGAACCCAGCAAGUCAAGUUGGAUGAGAUAUAUUCGUUGUGCUCGACAUUGUGGGGAACAAAAUAUGAUGGUGGUUCAAUACAGGUCUUGUAUAUUCUACAGAGCCUGUAUGGAUAUUCCCCGUGGCACUGAAUUGCUAGUCUGGUACAACGACAGCUACACUUCGUUUUUCGGGAUCCCACUGCAGUGCAUUGCACAAGAUGAAAACUUGAACGUCCCUGCCUCCGUGAUGGAAGCCAUGUCCAGGCAUGACACGUUACAGCCCUUUAACAAGACAAGCAAGGCUCCUUCUGCAGCACUACUGCGUUCAAUGGUUUUCCCUCAUGCUCCAUGCACAAGAAAUUUCUCGUUACUGGACAAGCCAGAAACUGGGCUCGGUCAAAUGAACGUUAAGAACCAGCGAGUCCUCGCAAGCCCUACUUCGACGAGUCAGUUGAACACUGAAUUUAGUGACUGGCACCUCUGGAAAUGUGGCCAGUGUUUUAAGACAUUCACUCAGCGCAUUCUGCUCCAAAUGCACGUGUGCACACAGAACCCGGACAGGGAGAACAAGCCUGGAAUCACCUGUCUGAGGAGUUCAAAUUGGGAACAAAUGGUGGUGUAUACCCCAGAGGGCAAUCUGAUUCAGCCUUACCAAUGUGGUCACUGCUCUCAGUCAUUCUCCCAGCCCUCUGAGCUCCGAAACCAUGUGGUUACCCACUCAAGUGACAGACCUUUCAAAUGUGGCUACUGUGGUCGUGCCUUUGCUGGAGCCACCACCUUAAACAACCACAUCCGCACACACACUGGAGAGAAGCCAUUCAAGUGCGAGAGGUGCGAGCGGAGCUUCACACAAGCCACCCAGCUGAGUCGGCACCAGAGGAUGCCCAACGAGUGCAAGCCAAUAACAGAGAGCACAGAAUCAAUUGAAGUGGAUUAACUGAUUGACUAGCUGGAAUUAAACUGCAAGGAAAGUCAUGAUUAAAUGUCACGGACACUUAAGCAAAACCAAAGAUUUCCUCUGAGCAACUUUCAAUCAGUCCCAGAAAACCGAAAGCAGUAAUAAAAUAAGUAAGAUGUUAAAAGAUAUUGAUCCCAGCAUGGAUGAGAGACCAGCAGCAGGAAAAAAAAAAAGAAAGAAGAAAUUAUUUAUGUAUGACUGGGGAUCCCGGUACGUUCAGUGAACAUCAAACCUGGGGCUGCACAGAUUUCCAAAGAAGUCCCUCUGUCUAUAGCUUUAUUUCCCAAAGCCUUUCUUAGGAAUGGCAGUUAUAACCAAAGUGAAAAGACAAACGACUGAGAGCGCACAGGAAGCGCAUCUGUUUUGGUUGCACCUUUUUUAAGCAUGUGUCUAAAGGGGAUAAGAGAUGCCCCUCUGUUUUGUCUUGAUGUGGCUAUUAUAAUGAAAUGUGAUUUUAUUUUAUUUUUAUUAUUUUUUUUUUAGAACAGCGCUUUUAAACAGACUGAAACUCUCUGUACAAUAUAAUACCAAAGGAUAUUUAUCUUCUGUUUCUCUUGUAUGUUUUGUGCACUUUUUGAUAAUGCUGAGUUUUGGUUUUGUACACAUUACCAGCCACAGGAAUGUAUAAUAUACCAUUGCGGACGUUUUGUGUAGAACUGUGUAUCAAUAUAGACAGCUGGCAAAUCUGGAUCAGUCAGGACAAAUCAUGUAAAAAAUUGUGGCUGCCAAGGGGAAAAAAAGUAGCUGCCAAAAUGACACAAAUUCAUUCAAGAAAUGUUUUUUUUUCUACCUGGGAAUACACCUUUGCAAUUAACAGAGCAAUACAGUAUAUAGAUAUAUUGGAAGUAACUGAUUUGUAACUUAUUAAAUCAAAGUUUCUUCAGCAAACAGUGAAUUUUAGGCCACUUUGCCUACUGUGUAAAAAUAAUGUGAAUACAGUGGCCUAAAGGCAAUUAUUGUGAUUUCAUUUUUUAACUGGGUUCAGAUUAAUAAACUAACUUUCUAUGUCAGAUGCCAUUAUCAGGAAUAUGCACUACAAAUACCAGAUUGCCAAAGAGUUUGUAGGUAAUUGCAGUCAAAAUAUCCAUCUUUGUGUGUACCAUUGAUAGUUGUUGCUGGAAUACAAGUGACUCUUGUUUAAGCUGCAUUUUGCCCUUGGCCCGCCCCUCUCAUUAUUAUACAUUAGGUUCACCUGGAAAGGCUGUGGCCUCAACACACACAGAAUCCUUGGAAAAGCUGAAAAGUCACUUGUUAUUUGUACCCACUAGAAUGGCAGAUCUACCAUCAUCUACCUUCUGAAAAGUACGACAAAGGGGCCGGGAUUCUACUAAACAGACAUACUGAUCAGGUAAUGCCAGCAGAGUUGAAGAUAUGGUGAGUUCUAGCAUACCAUGCAAGACAUCUGCUGAUCUGUUUUACAACAGAAAGUUAUCAUGGUUUCUGAUGCAUGAACCUUGAGAUGCUUUCACUUUGUAUAAGGUACUGGUAAUAUUGAACAAACUAAAGAGUUGGGAAUCUGUGCCUGUAUGCUCUGUGUAUUGUAUUUAUUGAAUAAGUAAAACAGCUUGGGAGAUCAAUGUAAAAAUAUCUGGAUGCAAGGUGUCAUAAUUGUUACCAAAAGUCGUUUUUUAAUAAAAGUUAGGUCUAUUCAUUUUUAUUAAUAGAUGUAAGGAUUACCUACAUAAUGCCAAAGCAAACUAUUUCUGUAAAUGUACUAUUAAUAGUUAGAAUGGUUUGUUUCACCCAGUCAACAUCAGCAUAUAAAGAUAUACUGAAAUAAGAAAGUUGUGGAAAAUGUCCGCCCAUAUGAAUUUUAAACUUAUUCCAGUUUACUACCAAAAACUGCAGUAUGGGAAAAAUAAGCCCAAUUGCAUUUGUUAUACUGUAUGUAGCAAACGUUCAUCGAAAAAUAGCUUUAAUUUUAAGAAUUUCAAUUGUAAAGAUGAAUCUACGACUGUAAAGGCACAGGAAGAUGUUUUGAGGCGAUGGCAUUUCCCCUGCUGUUUCAAACAGUGGUGGGCAUCUGUGACUUGUCGUGGAAUGAUGGUGUGCCAUUCUAAUCCUGUAAAGCGCAUUGAGGUAACUGCACUGCACAAUAUCGUAUUGUGGUGGGGACUUAGCGGUAGUUUGGUGCAAUUUUUACUUGAAAUGGGGGAGCAAUUGCCAUGCUACGCUGUCUGUACCUUUGUACAACAGGGCAACCGAGUUCAGUACACAGCAGGCUGUUUUAUGAGUAUAACCAAACACAACAAUAACGGCAGCAAUUUAUUUCUUCUAUAACCCAAACUCACAAAAGGAGUGCUGCAAACACCUUGUGUAUGUUGACUUCUUGUUUUCUAUUUCUGCUGUCAUACUGUAGUUCUGAAUUAGCCAAUAGAAGGAACAUUCAGGUUGUGAAACUUUGCAUAUAUACACACGAACACAUAAGAUGUAGCAGUAGAGGCAGUAGUGCUGUCACACAUACAGAGUACAAUGAAACUGUUACUUUCACAUCCAACCAACAUGAAACUGUAGUGUCGGGGAAAGGAGUGUCAGUAAACAUUUUAUAAGAAAAAAUCAGGAACAAAGACAUAGCUGGAAAAAUAAGCAAAGGACAAAACCAGAAGUCAGAAGCCUGACCGCCAAAGCCACUACUACUAACCAGAAAAAAUCACAGAAUUUAGCACCAAAAAGUACCAAAGAAAGGUGCAUGCAGUCACCAAGGGUUUAUAUCCAAUCUUAGACAAGUUAGCACUAUGUGAGGUAAACAUUACGGAGUCACAGCGAUGAUGUCACUGUUGCAACAACCAGACGCAUUUAUUGCUAAAACAAAUUAGCAUCAAAAAUAAUAUUGAAACAUGAGAAGCUUUUAAAAUAAUGUUAACAAUUUAGAAGCAGACAUGACAAAUAGAAUUUGCAGGUCAGAAAAGCCCAGAAAAGAUGUAUAACUUUAUUUUAAAACCUUAAGAAGAACCCAAGAAAUUAUCAUUUAUAACAGCUAUACAUCUCAAGUCCCUGAAUAUAGAAUAUUACAGCAUAUUGCACUUUUUAAAUAUUUCCGGAAUGGAUUCCUCAUGUUGGAAUAUAUCGCCUCCUUCCUGUGCCCUAAGUGUUUAUCACAGUGAUGAGUUGUAUGUUGGUCAACAUGCAAGUAAGAAUUUCCAUGUACUCUGUACAUAAGACACUACUAUUUCUACAAUGCUUUAAAUGUUUGCUUUUAUUGUCUUUAUUUAAUGCAGGCAAUUAUGUCUGCACAGCAGUAAAGUGACUAACAUGGCUUCCUCACAGUGCUAGGGUCCUAGGUUUAUUUUCUGUCCCAAUUAUAGUGCGCUUGAGGAUUUUGUCUCUUCUCUUCAUUCCUGCCUCUUCUUUUCCUACUCUGCUUUCCGAUCCCUUUGCAUACAUAUGUUAUGAACGAACGUGGGCUUGUACAUAAUUGUACCCUGUCAUGGACUGGUAUCUCAUCCAUGGUUGGUUCCUUGCCUUGACACCACUAAUCCAGACAUUGAGUCUCAUCCAAAAUUGCCUGAAUGUAAACUCAAUGAUCAUGAAUGGGCAUCUUUUCCUCUCAUGUGUUAUUUGCCUGUUUAUUAGGACUGAACAUGGAAUAUUUAAAAAAUUAUUUAGAUAGACAAGUGGAUGGAAAGCAUUUGUAAGUUGUACACAGUUUUCAGGCAAGCUAAAUCAAAAGUUGGAGCCCCAGAACAGGAAAACAAGAAGUCAAAUGAAAGAACUAAAUAGAUAAUAAACCCGAAUCGCCCUAUUAUUAUUAAUGCAUAUUCAUGCUGUAAUCAUUAGUCCAAUUUUGGCAACUUUCCUUUAUUAAAUAUUCAACAAGAUGACUUUGUUAGCAUUUUCGCAGUAGCAAUGCAUUUUCCAAGGUGUAAUAUCAGCUCAGCAGUAAGUGCUUCUGUCAUUAGGGCAAUAAAGUGUGUGUGCUGGAUAUUUUGUUAUCAGAACCAAAGAAUUCAGAGCAUUCUGAAACUGGAGCGACCAUUUUAUUUUAAUUGUUACAGCUUGCUUAUGUUGUGUUAAGAUACAUUUUUAAAUGUGGACCCCGAUACUUUGCAAGUAUCGUAGUACCUUUCUGGUGACACCCCCAGUUUAAGUGUUCUCUUUAGUAUGUCCAGUGCACCUGAAACUUACCUGACUUGUGUUUUGUUUAAUAUUGACACAUGCAGCUUCUUCCACCGUCUAUAUUCAGAAAACACACCAUUAUGACAGCUGCAUAAAGCAAAAUUUUAAGCAAUAUGGCUGCUGUCGAUAUGCACUGAGAAACAUUUCCUUCAGGUUACAGCAAUUUUACUACUCUUAAAAUCUUUGAACUGAGGGGGGUAUAUGUGAGCCAUUAAAUGUGUUUCAUAGACUUUGUGACUUAUUUCAAAACUCUAUGCUGGUGGUUUCCACCAUAUUGAAAGCUAUUUAUUUUUCUCGUUUAAUAAAAGCUAGCAUCCUAUAGGAGGCUGAGGUUACUGCAACCAGAUCAUCAGUGUACAUGAAUGGUCCAGCCACAAGCCAAAGCAGCAGACUAUGGUGGCACACGUUUUAUAAGGCAGAUCUAAAGAAUCUAAUACUAGAGGAGCUAAUGCAAAAUAGGAAAGUAGAGAUGUGUGGAGUUCAAGGUCCAUAACCUUUUAUAAACCAGGUGCUAAAUAUAACAAACACUGUUUCAUGUGAGCAGGACAUCUUGUUACUCAGGUCUAAGGCAGCUGCUCAGUGCUGUAGUCUUAUAAGACUAGUGCGGAGAGAACACAUUCAGUUUGCCAAAGAAUAUCUACCACAGAUCCGUGCUAAAAAUCAGAUCAACAUUUUAAAGACGAAUGGAGUGUGUAGGUGCUGUUACAUUACUAAAGAGAUAAACACUUGCAGUGUUGACCUAAUGAGGAGGUAAUUUUACUAAGAACUAAUGGUAGACCAAAACAGUGCUCCACUGGCGCCUGCACGCUGUCAGCAUAUUGUGAGCGUCAAUCAUAUUUUCUCAGGAUAUUA